AUGGGUAUGGCAUGUGAUGUCAAGGGCCACGCCGUGUCGACCAGUGAACAUGAAGUACCACUGGAUAAAAUUGGUGGACACGUCUUUGGUGUUCAAUCAGAUGAGAUCAAGACGGAAGUAAACGAGAACAAGAUAGAAUCCGACACUCCUGGUCUUGAUCCAGAAGAGACGGCUCUGAUCCUCACGUGUUUGAGUAAAGGUUACUCUGAUGUGACAUCCGGGAAUUUUGAUUUAGAUGUUGAAGACGUGGGUGAUUUGUCGGAUGAUGAUGUAGAUACUUUGCAACGUCGUCAAGUCUCAGGGAUGGGUAAGGUGCACCGCGUGCAACAAAUUAAUUUUGAUGGCCCGAAAGGUAGCAAACUUGAUUUCACGGAUGAGGCUGGUUUCAAUCAUCGUUUCCGAAAUGAAAGUAAUCGUGUCAAAAGUUUGGUGACCAAACAUAUUUCGAUCGAAGAGCUUCGUGCACAUUUUGACCGACCUAUUAUCGACGUAGCAAAAGAUUUUGGUAUCUGUAUCACGCUCAUGAAGAAAAUUUGCCGUCGUAAUGGUAUCAAGAGAUGGCCCCACCGUCAAAUUCGGUCGCUUUCCAAGAGCAUUGCAUCCAUGGAGGCUGCGAUGCUUAGUGCACAUGGAAAUGAGCGUGAUAAGUACCGUGACCAGAUAGCAAAUUUGAAGAUGAAGCGCGAUUCUGUCAUUGCGGACCCAAACAAGGACAACUCCAUGCGCCACAAGAUAUUGCCACCACCUUCGAUGGUCGGUGAUACUACAAGCCAGAGUAUGCGUGCUUCUCGCCACGUUCUUUCAACAUUAAAACUAUCUCCACGACCUGUUCAUAACACUCAUGCUUCGUCGCAUAACGGCGUCCCAACAACACCAACAAUGAAGAUUGAAAACUUGGUAGUAAGUAUCCCAAGCACUUUCACCAGUGGUUCGUCAAAGGGUGGACGUUGGACCAGUGAGGAGCAUGCUGCUUUUCUGGAGGGCAUUCGCUUAUACGGGAAAGACUGGCGACGCGUAGCUCAAGUCGUCAUGACACGCAGUGCAGUGCAAACGCGUACUCACGCCCAGAAAUAUUUAUUGAAAUUUGCUGGACGUUUUCCGUUCGAAGCUGACGGGGUACUAAAGGAUCAUCCACCGGCACCAAUGCAGACGCAUUGUGCAUCUGUUGACAAGACGGUCCCACCUAUGCUGAGUCCAACGACAAAUGUAGCAUCGAGUAACGGAGUUUUGACACCUGACAAUAGUAUGACCAACGAAUCUUCGGAAGAGUCUCAAGCUGUAGCAAAGCACGGAGAGGCCAUGGCAAUGAUCUUGAACGGCAGUCCGCAGGUAGAGCCAGUAUUGACGUCUCUUGGGAACAAUGUCGGAGCUGCGAUGCUUCCAGGACUACCGUCUCGAGCACCAAUGAAGACGGAGCAGUCAAUAUCAGCAACACUCCAGCACCAGUUGAAAGCACCUUCACCUCCAGCAUCAUAUCCAUACUUUUUCCAGCAAACAGAUGCUCCGUGA